UCCCCCAGGGAGGCACCAUUUGGGUGGGGAUGAUUGGGAGUGGGGAUAACCAAGUGUCCACAGGAAUGGAUUGUUUCUAGAAGCAGUUGGGGGCGCCGGGGGUGUGGGCUGGGUGCCAGAGACGGACUCCCCGAGCCUCCUGCACACACAGACCUAAGGAACCUGAAGGGUCCUCACCUUUCAUUCUCUGCACACCUGUAAGGAGAGCCCGCCUUCUGAGAAUGCAAGGAAUUCCUGCCCAGGUUUCCUUCCCCAUGAGCCUGGUGAUGCAAUCCCGCCCUUUGGCUAUGCAUUUAGGUAGCUUGUGGAAGACGGCACGUGCCAAAGAGGAGGGAGUCUUAAACAGACCUGAACUUCAGCCCCAAGACUGCGACGCCGAUGCCAGCCCCCGCGGCUGCCGUGGCGGACAGCGGCGGCGAGGGUAGCUCUGGGCUGCGGGCGUCGGAACCCCGCGCGCGCGCGCACUCGUGAGCGUGAAAGAAGCGCGCACCGGGUGUGUGUGUGCAGCUGCGGGGAGCCGGCGUUCGCGCACAGGAAACGAGCUCCGGCAGCAUCGCUGCGGUUGCCAGUGGCGCUCCCGAGGUUGUGAGCCUUGUAAGUGGCAUAUGGCAGAACUUUAGGCCAAGCCGUGAAAGCCCUGUGAUUAAGGAUAAAUUGGUAGCUGUGGUGUUGCUUGAAUUGGACACAGUCUAGAAAUCCUGCUUAGAAUACAUUCGAAAGACAAGGGUGACCUACUUACUUACUGCUGCAUAGUAGCCAAGAACCUGUGCCUUCUGUACUUUGAAGCUGCUGUGGAUGGCCCCAGCCGUCUUGACUACCCUUCUCAAUAGGAUGUCACUGAGAUCCCUCAAAUGGAGCCUCCUGCUGCUGUCCCUGCUGAGUUUCCUGGUGAUGUGGUACCUCAGCCUUCCCCACUACAAUGUCAUUGAACGUGUGAACUGGAUGUACUUUUAUGAGUAUGAGCCAAUUUACAGACAAGACUUUCGCUUCACACUCCGGGAACAUUCAAACUGCUCUCAUCAGAACCCAUUCCUAGUCAUCCUGGUGACCUCGCGCCCCUCGGAUGUGAAAGCUAGACAAGCAAUUAGAGUUACUUGGGGUGAAAAAAAGUCCUGGUGGGGAUAUGAGGUUCUUACAUUUUUCUUAUUAGGCCAGCAGGCUGAAAAGGAAGACAAAAUGCUAGCGCUGUCCUUAGAAGAUGAACACCUUCUCUAUGGCGAUAUCAUACGGCAAGAUUUUUUGGACACAUACAAUAACUUGACCUUGAAAACCAUUAUGGCUUUCAGGUGGGUAAUUGAGUUUUGCCCCAAUGCCAAGUAUGUCAUGAAAACAGACACCGAUGUGUUCAUCAACACGGGCAAUUUGGUCAAGUAUCUUCUAAACUUAAACCACUCAGAGAAGUUCUUCACAGGUUACCCUCUAAUUGAUAACUAUUCCUAUAGAGGGUUUUUCCACAAGAACCAUAUCUCAUACCAGGAGUACCCUUUCAAAGUGUUCCCUCCCUACUGUAGCGGGCUGGGCUACAUCAUGUCCAGUGACCUAGUGCCGAGGAUCUAUGAGAUGAUGAGUCACGUGAAACCCAUCAAGUUUGAAGACGUGUAUGUUGGGAUUUGCUUGAAUUUGUUAAAAGUGAACAUUCAUAUUCCAGAAGACACAAAUCUUUUCUUUCUGUAUAGGAUCCACUUGGAUGUAUGUCAGCUCAGGCGUGUGAUUGCAGCCCAUGGCUUUUCUUCCAAGGAGAUCAUCACAUAUUGGCAGUGCUGGCCUUUCCUUGUUGAACUGUUUCUAAGGGAAGAAAGAGGUGUCCUUGUCCCCAGGUUCCAGGGGACACAGCUUUCUCUUUCUCCUAGAGGUGAUGAAGAACAGCAGCCACUUCAGUAAUGCCUUCUAUUGCCCCCGCACCCACCACCACCAACCCAACCCUGUGCAGUAAAGCCCUCAGCUGAAGACUCCUGAGGGACCUGUAUGUGAACUUUUCACCCCUCCACCAUCUCUGCAGAUUCUAAUUCUUUGCUUGUCCGGAUCUACAUGCUUGCAAUGACAUCCUCUCCACUUGGACUCCAGCCUGCUGCCUGGAACUGGGAUGACCAUGGGACAGCUUGUGAGCUCGUCCUUCCUCCCAGGAUUGCUGCCUUGGACUUUCUGAAAACAGUUGCCCAGUUGCCAAGUGUGUUUUGCCUGGUUUCACAGCUGCUUGGGGAGCUCACUUUAGUGAAUGACCAGCAAGUCCAUCAGAGUUGGAUGAGGAAGCCUCUAAGAUGUAAUCUAACCCAAGUGACAAAGACCACAUCAUACUUUUUAUUUCUGUUAGAAAAAUUCUAUCUAGAGAAGGUGGUAGGCAAGAAUUUGGGGAUGAAGCUUCCAUUGUGUAAGAUCUAUUAUUACUAUUGAGAAGAUUUUGCUAGAUAGCUGAUUUGCCUUGAAUUUACUAUUCUGUUGGACCAGUUUCUUGAGUGCUAGUAUUCCAAGUGUGAACUACUGUCUGGCUCAUGUUGUUUUUAAUGAAAAAGAGGAAAACGACCAAAGGCUACAUUUUUCUGCUUUUUAUACUUGACUUGUUAUACUCAAGUCUAAAUCCAGCAAUCUGGCAGCUGAGAUUGACUUAGAUGCCAGGUUCUGUUCAUGUUUGAGCACUGAAUCUUCAGAAUAUGUCAUCACAUGUAUAUGUACAUACAGUCUCUGUUUCAUUGUCCCCAAACUCCAGUGUACCUGUGCACCUUGUGAAAAUCUCACAGAUGGAUAUUCAGUUCUGAAAUUUUCUAGGUUAUGUUAUGCCAUGUUGUCCAAUCUACAUAGAUCUGUAAUCCA